AUGGAGCACGACGAAAAUGGUAACGUUGGUAAAAAACGUGAUUUAAGCUCCAAGGUAGGACAAGCAGCAAAGAAGUUCAUCAAGUCAAAGGAGUUAACAAGAAAGGGUAACAGGGCUCCAAUAGGAAAUAUGGAGCACGACGUAAAUGGUAACGUUGGUAAAAAACGUGAUUUAAGCUCCAAGGUAGGACAAGCAGCAAAGAAGUUCAUCAAGUCAAAGGAGUUAACAAGAAAGGGUAAGACAAGCAGCAAAGAAGUUCAUCAAGUCAAAGGAGUUAGCAAGGAAGGGCAACAGGGCUCCAAUAGGGUCGCCGUGUAUAGUCCUUAUGUAAAGCUCGUUAGAACAAAGGAUGUAACAAAGUGUACUAACGAUGUUCAACAAACACAUAAUAACAACGAGUCGCAGCAUAACAAGAAUGAAAAAGAAAAAAAAACUUCAUCUACGCAAUAUUCGCUCUACGACGAUCCGAUACCUGGAUGCAGCUGGAUGGGCCCUUACCAGUACCAAAACAUUAAUGAAGCUAGGACCACUAGUUUUUCAGAUGAAUAUUGUCUCUCCAAAGAAGUUCAUCAAGUCAAAGGAGUUAGCAAGGAAGGGCAACAGGGCUCCAAUAGGGUCGCCGUGUAUAGUCCUUAUGUAAAGCUCGUUAGAACAAAGGAUGUAACAAAGUGUACUAACGAUGUUCAACAAACACAUAAUAACAACGAGUCGCAGCAUAACAAGAAUGAAAAAGGAAAAAAAACUUCAUCUACGCAAUAUUUGCUCUACGACGAUCCGAUACCUGGAUGCAGCUGGAUGGGCCCUUACCAGUACCAAAACAUUAAUGAAGCUAGGACCACUAGUUUUUCAGAUGAGUAUCUGAAAAUGGGAAUCCCUGAAGGAUAUGGAUGA